CUGCCUCGACUCACACUUCGUCCCCCUCCGCUCGCCCGUCUUCUUCUCCGUCCUCUUACUCUUUCCUUCGCGACGGCGUGAUCGAGCGAGCUCUCUCCGCUCGAGCGCGCACGCCCACCAAAUCCCGAUCCCCUUCCACCCCGAAGGGAUUUCUCUCGCGGUCGUCGUGGGCCUCCUCCGCAGCACCGGGCUGGCCGGGACCGGCGUGCGGUGGCGACUGGAGAUCCAUCCGUAGUUGGAUUGAUUUCGCUUCCUGUUUGUUCCGGAUUUGCUUGCUGCCUGGCGGAGGCGCGGACCAAGUCAUUUUUCUGACGAAUUUGGGGGGUUGACGGGUUGUACUCCACACCCAUGCUCGCCUGCAGGUUUUAGCAAGAUUUUUCUCAGAAGGCUGGGUUGUUGUUAUUUUUGCCAGCCUUUUGGCUGCAGUUUGGAUUGAAGGACCUUAUAGCUUAUAACACAACAACGAGGAUUAACGGAAAUGGGUGCAUCAAGACACCCAAGCACACCUGCAUCGAAGAUUGCGCGCACGCCAAGCCUUACCCCUGGCGGCAGCUCCAGAUCCAAGGAGGAGAAGAUAUUUGUCACAGUUAGGGUGCGACCAUUGAGCAAGAAGGAACUGGCCGUGAAGGACCAGGUUGCAUGGGAAUGCGCUGAUAGACAGACAAUUUUAUACAAGGGCCCCACACAGGACCGAGCUGCACCCACCUCUUACACUUUUGAUAAGGUGUUCGGGCCGGGUUGUAAGACAGAUUUGGUUUAUGAAGACGGAGCUAAGGAUGUUGCUAUGUCUGCUAUGACAGGCAUUAAUGCCACCAUUUUUGCAUAUGGUCAAACUAGCAGCGGCAAGACAUUUACCAUUAGAGGCGUGACAGAGAGUGCUGUUAGUGAUAUUUACAGGCACAUUGAAAAUACUCCUGAGAGGGAAUUUAUCAUCAAGAUAUCUGCUAUGGAAAUCUACAAUGAGAUUGUGAAGGAUCUUCUACAACCUGACUCUGGCCCCCUUCGCCUGCUAGAUGAUCCUGAGAAAGGAACCAUUGUGGAGAAGCUAGAAGAAAAAAUCGCCGACGACAGACAACAUCUGAGGCAUCUAAUCGACAUUUGUGAAGAACAAAGACAAGUUGGGGAAACGGCACUAAAUGAGGCCAGUUCACGCUCUCACCAAAUCAUUAGGCUGACAGUGGAGAGUAGGCUUCGUGAAGUGUCGGAUUGCGUUAAAUCUCUUGUUGCUAGCCUCAAUUUUGUUGACCUUGCUGGAAGUGAACGAGCUGCACAGACACAUGCAAUUGGUGCAAGAUUGAAAGAAGGCUGCCAUAUAAAUCGCAGUCUGUUGACUUUGACUACUGUCAUCCGAAAGCUGAGCUCAGAGAAAAGAAGUGGACACGUACCCUAUCGGGACUCAAAGCUCACACGUAUUUUGCAACUUUCUUUGGGUGGGAAUGCAAGAACAGCCAUCAUCUGUACCAUGAGUCCAGCCCGAACACACAUAGAACAGUCUAGAAAUACUUCAUUCUUUGCGGCAUGUGCCAAGGAGGUCACAAAUACUGCAAAAGUUAAUAUGGUUGUAACUGAUAAGCAACUCGUGAAACACCUUCAGACGGAGGUUGCUAGGCUAGAAGCAGUACUAAGGACCCCUGACCGUGCCUCCUCUUCUGAGAUUGCCAUAAUGGAGAAGGACAGGAAGCUUAGACUGAUGGAAAAAGAAAUGGAAGAACUCAAGAAAGAACGAGAUAAUGCACGUGCAGAACUGGAAGAACUACGAAAGAAGAUGGGUGAUAACCAGCAAGGGUGGAAUCUGUUUGACUCGCCCCAAAUGGCCCGAAAGUGCCUCACAUUUUCUGGGUCACUGCAUUCUAGUAAGAAGAUCAAGAUAAGGAAUUCAAUUAGGCAAUCGUCCACUGCUCCAUUUAUGCUAAAACAUGAAAUUCGCAAACUUGAGCAGCUACAACAACAGCUUGAGGUUGAAGCAAACCGAGCUAUUGAAGUACUGCACAAGGAGGUCGAAUGCCACAAACAGGGCAACCAAGAUGCAGCAGAAACUGUUGCCAAACUUCAGGCAGAAAUCAGGGAAAUGCAGUCUGUUAGAUCAGAAAACACAGAUGUUGAGAUGGUUGCAGAUGAAGGGAAUGGGUCUGAUUUGAAAGAUGAAAUUACUAGACUUCAUAUGCAAGACACUGAUAUUGCCAAACUUGAGGCAAAGUUAGAAAAUGUACAGAGGUCUAUUGAUAAAUUGGUGAUGUCACUUCCAAAUGUUGUCACACAGUGUAAUGGAACUACCACGAAGUUCAGUGUAUCGAAAAAGAAGAGGAGGAUGCUUCUUCCACUGGGCAUGAGCAACAUAAACAGACCAAAUCUAAUAAGAGCACCUUGCUCUUCUAGUAGACCUUCAGAGUCAGAACCCGAGAACAGGGCUCCAGAGAGUGACCUUGUGUGUCAUGAGGAUCAAGGAAAGGCUACGCCCACCAAGAGUGAAGAUACUGGAGAUGUCUCAUCACGUGAUGAAACACCGCGCAAUAGGCGAUCGAGCUCAGUGAACAUGAAAAAGAUGCAGAGGAUGUUUCAAAAUGCCGCUGAAGAAAAUGUGAGGAACAUCAGGGAUUAUGUCACUGAGUUGAAGGAGAGAGUGGCAAAACUUCAGUACCAAAAGCAGCUGCUUGUCUGCCAGGUUUUGGAAUUGGAAUCUAAUGAAAGCAAACCAAAUGACACGGAAGAAGAUCCUGUGGAAAAUGUCCCAUGUCUGCAAGAUGGUCCUGAAUCUUGGGACAGAUUGUUUAAGGAGCAGAUGCAGCACAUUAUCCAUCUGUGGGAUCUCUGUCAUGUAUCCAUCAUACACAGGACCCAGUUCUACAUGCUAUUCAGGGGGGACACUUCUGAUCAGAUAUACAUCGAAGUUGAAGUCCGAAGAUUGUUAUGGUUGCAACAGCAUUUGGAUGAGGUUGGUGAGGCACCUGCUGAUGACCUUGCAGUUUCUCGAGCCUCAAGCAUGAAGGCGUUAAGGAAUGAGCGAGAAUUUCUUUCGAGAAGGAUGGGCUCGAGGAUGGCAGAAGAAGAGCGGGAGCGGCUCUUCAUCAAAUGGCAGGUCCCUCUCGAGGCAAAGCAGCGAAAGCUGCAGCUCGUGAACAUGCUCUGGACAGAACCCGGCGAUGAAGUGCAUGUCGAGGAGAGCGCCGACAUAGUGGCCCGGUUGGUCGGUUUCUGCGAGGGUGGCAACGUCAGCAAGGAGAUGUUUGAGCUCAAUUUCGCAGUACCAGCAAGUAGGAAGCCUUGGCUGAUGGGCUGGCAGCCAAUUUCCAACAUGAUCAGGGAGAAAGCUGUACUUUGGACCUGAUGGCCUAUUCUUGUCGGAACUAGCCCGAUGUAGCGCCCAAUUGCACAGAAGCAUCUUUAUUCUUUUUGGCUCACGUAGAUAUGUGUUGCUGUAUUCUUUUAAAGAACGCAAAAUCAAUGUUGCUGUGUACUAUUUGUA